UAUCUUAUAUUUGUCAGCGAUAAAGAGAAUACUAGCUAAAAGAAUCAGGUGUAUAUUGUCGAGAAUACGUUCGUAACUAGUGUUUCACGUUUUUGAUACAGUGAUUUUAUACGGUGAUUUUCGCUAAAAAAAAAAAUCCUCGUAUAAAAACAUAUAUUUUCGAGGGUAAAAUUUAUUUAAAAUAUCCAGCUGAUAAAAUCAAUUUUUAAACGAUGGUUGCCAAAACUUCUGGACCUCAAUUAGAGCAACGAAUUCAGUGUAUAAAAUUUAUUAUUUUCUGCUUGAAUGCCAUUAUAUGGUUACUAGGGAGUUCAAUGUUUGGAUUAUGCAUGUGGUUAAGAUUGGAUCCAAAUUUCCAAGAAUGGGUCAAUUUCCUCGAGAUAUAUGAAUUUUACAUCGGAAUUUAUAUCUUACUUGCGGCUUCGAUAUUUAUCGUGGUUAUCACAUUCAUCGGCUGUGGAGUUGCUCUUAUGGAACAUAUUCUUGGUCUCUACAUUUAUGCUGGAUUGCAAUUAUUCUCCUAUGUCCUUGGCUUGGUAGGAACUGCAAUACUCCUCGAUUAUUCAACCUACGACAGUAAAAUUCAACCUCUUAUACGACGAUCUAUGAGAGCUCUAAUUAAUAAUUAUCAAGAUCCGAAAGCAACGUAUAUUCUACAAUUAAUUCAAGAGAGCAUCGGUUGUUGCGGUGCCGACGGCCCGAUGGAUUAUUUAACGUUGAAGAAACCGCUGCCCACCGAAUGUAGGAACACGGUUACCGGCAAUGCUUUCUUUUACGGAUGCGUGGAAGAAAUUUCGUGGUUUUUGGAAGGCAGAUCGGGUUGGCUGGCUGGUCUAGCAUUGGCUCUGUGCAUGCUCCACAUAAUAAUAACAGCCCUUACUCUAACAUUGGUCCGAGCUAUUAAAAAGGAAGAACAAUAUAUCACAUAUAAACGUUAAUCUACAUUAAUUGAAUUGGUAAUUUUCAUUAUACAUCACAUUUCGUAAUAACGAAUGUGUUAUUAAUGAUAAAUGUAAUCCAUUCACCGGGCGAGUGGAAAUCUAUAAGGAAAGAAAGAAAGAGAAAAAAAAUAGACUGACGAAAUGUAACAAAUUUAAAAAACAAUUUUUCCAAGACAUAUAUAAUAGGAAUAGGAAUAUAACGUACAAGAUUUAUUCCAUUUGAAAUUUUUGCAAUUAUCUAUCAAAUUUUUAAUAGUAUAUAGAACUCAUUUUGUUUCGACAUAAUUUGACAUAAUAGAGGGUGUACGAAGCUUAAUUUUUUCUUUUUCUUCUUUUUUAUUUUAAAUACUUUAACUCGAGUUUAAAUUUCUAAACUCGAAACAUUUUCGAAAUAACGAAUAGUUACGAUAGAUAAUUGCGCCCAAAAUUUCGAAUGGAAAUUACGUAGAAUAUUUUUUUUAACGCAAUUUAUAUUUUUAUUUUUACACGUAUAGAACGUUCCAAAAAUGUGAGCAUCAAAUAAUCGAAGAUUCCCGAGAUAAUCUCAACAACUAUUAUUUUUCUUUACAAAAAAAUAUUGGCCAAUCGAUUAAUUAAGUUAUCGCGUAAUAACAUAAGAAUAUUUGCCGUGAACAAAUCUAACGAACAAUGUGUCGAGGAGAAUUUAUGUUGAGUCAUUUGAAAUGAAUAAUUACUUUUCCAACAAAUGAACAAACGAUAAAUAAUAUUUACAAUAAUUACAAUACAUUCGAAUAGAAAGGAGAGAAUAGGAGAGAGAGAGAGAGAGAGAGAGAGAGAGAGAGAGAGAGAGAGAGAGAGAGAGAGAGA